AUGACCGCCCAAACCAUAUCAAAGCCACUUUCACAGAGCAUCACUCCUCUCAUGGCACUUGCGGAUGCUGCUCUCAAUGAUGGAGAAGAAUCAGCAGCGUCAUCGUCAUCUUCGUUGUCCACCUGUUCGCUUUCCGAAGAAAAACAAGAUUCGGCUGAAACGAAGCUGAUGACAACGCCUCCGAUGGACAAGCUUUCUUUUGCGCAACAGCUAAUGACAUUGCUAGAUGAUGAAUCUUCACCAUACCUCAAAUGGAUGCCAGAUGGAAAGUCAUUCACCAUUAAGAACCCAAAGAAGUUUACAUCGGACCAGAUGCCCAAAUUGUUUCACAUUCGAAACAUGUCAUCGUUUGUUCGAAAACUGACACGAUGGGGCUUUACACGUCACCAUGAAAAGGAGACAAUGAACUCUGACAUCUUCAAGCAUGCUUGUUUUCAAAAGGGAGAGUGGGAUCGUUGUGCCCAGAUCAAGUGUGCUACACGUCAACCAGUGUCAUUGACUACCAUUCGAAAAGACUUUCAAAGGACUCCCACGGCAUCCAGACCAGUUUCCAUCCCACCUUCAGCUCCACGUCCUGUUUCUCCAGUGAUGAGCAAACCAACAACAACAGCACCAGCACAAUCUCAGCAAUCUCCACAGAAUUUCCAAGAAUGGAAACCACUUUCGGCGAUGCAGCAUCACCCAGCCAUUGCCAUGCCAAGACGGAGUGCGUUUUGCGCUGUGACACCAAUGGUAGCGGAGCUUGACUUGAUGAAGAAACUUCAUCCAACCACGAGGGCCAACUUGCUUACCCUGCAACUGCUUCGGGAAGCAUCUCAAACACAGCAGCAACUUACGGAUCAAGCCUUGUUGCGUAUUCGUUGGCACCUAUUCCAGCAAAUGGCAAGCUAA